AAAAAGCUUUUUUUACGAGGCACAAGAGGAGAAACAGUGCACGCUAUCAGAGAGGAUAUAAAUUUGAAGCCAUGUUGUCCUGAAAUCGAGAAUAUUCAUUAUAUGUCCGUUUAUGCUUCAAAAAAUAUGUUUGAUGAAGACGAAUGUUCUCCGAGGGCUGAGCCUUUUUCCUGCUUAAACGAGCUUGCGACUUCAAGAAAAAGGAGGAACAAGAAUGGUAAGAGGAGGUUCAGUGAUGAACAGAUCAGGUCAUUGGAAUUGGUGUUUGAAAAUGAGACUAGACUUGAGCCACGAAAGAAACUAGAAUUGGCUAAGGAGCUUGGGUUGCAGCCACGUCAGGUGGCGAUAUGGUUUCAAAACAAGAGAGCUAGAUGGAAGUCAAAGCAGCUUGAACGAGACUACAAUAUACUGCAAGCCAAUUACGACAAUUUGGCUUCCCGGUUUGAAUCUCUCAAGAAAGAAAAGCAGGCCUUGGUUAUUCAGUUGCAAAGAAUGAAUGAUUUGUUGAAAAAACCACGAGAAGAAGCCGUGAACAGCAUGGACAGCGAAUUAGAUAAUGGAGAUGCCACAAAUACAAAGUAUGAAUCAGAAGUGAAGCCGAGGUUGUCCCUGGAGAUAUCAGAACAAAGAGUAGGUGUUCUGUCUGAUGAUGACAGCUGUAUAAAGGCUGAGUACUUUGGACUUAAGGAAGAGCCCAACCUUAUGCCCAUGGUGGAACCUGCAGAGAGUUCAUUGACAUCACCAGCAGAUUGGCGGAAAUUCGAAUCGGAUGAUCUCUUUGAUCAGUCUAAUACCGGAUAUCAGUGGUGGGAUUUCUGGUCUUGAAUAAUUAUGACUCAAAUAACCAUAAAGGAAUUGCAUGCCUAUAAUCAGAGAAUCUUGGGAUUCCAGUGAAAUUUUCCAUCAGUCUUCUUAGUGCCACUCCUCAAUUAAAGCUGUAAAUUUCCACAAUCCACUACAAUGAACAGAUAACUUUCCAUGGAAAUAGAAAGUCUUCAAGCAGACCUUGUAAUAUGAUGGAAGAAUUGAAGAUGAUUGAGCAACAUGUAGGCCGGAAAGACAAAGAGAGGGAGAGUGUGAAUCUGCGCGGCUAUUUCACUCCAAGAAAUGUACUCGUUCAUCCAGAACUUUGAAGUGGAAAUGCGUUCCUGUUAUAGCUACUGCCUGAACUGCAAUUUUAGUUGUCUUUUUUUCUUUUUUUUUAAUCAAAGCAUGUCCAUAGUGCGUAUGUAUGAUUCCAAUAAUACAGAGUUCAAUUGAGCUGCA